AUGGCAGACCCGGCCUCGUUUAUAGUUAGCACGACGCUCGGGGCUGCAGGUCUUCUUCUUGCCUUUCAGGGAGCUGUGGACGGCUUUAACACACUGACUGAGGUCUUCGCGUCAGAUACUGGCUUGCACUAUACGGCUCUUCAGUACCAGGUAGAGACCUUCAAAUUCAAGUUGUGGGGCGAGCAUUUCAAGAUCAAUGAUCCCAGCAACUGCCAGAUCCUUGACAUGCCUUAUGAGACGCAGGUCACGAUUGGACGCAUCCUGGCUGAGAUAUGGCGGAAGCAGGAGACGGCCGGCGACACGUUCCUUGGCACGUAUGACCUUCAGCGCUCAGUCCCCGCUGCCCAAGGGCCAGCAGCCGUCGACUUUAGCAAAGGCAUCCAGAAGCCGGCCAACUUCUGGAAGCGGCUAAAGUGGACCUUGAAGCACAGAGAGCAGUUCACAAGACUGCUGUCAGAUCUUGCCACACUCAACCAAAAUCUCUGGGACGUGGCCAAGCUGAGCGGCCUGGAUGCAAAGCACAUCAUCGACUCCAUUCUGCACGGCCUUGACGCUUUCUGCGAAAGGGUCAGACCCAAAGAGGUGGACGAGAAACAGAUCGCGACAUAUGUCUUUACACAAUGGGCCGAGUUUUGGGACAAAAACAAGCCUGAGGACCUGGACGUAGAGAAUAUGGUCGCACGAAUCACCGCCGGGGUGUCGGACCAGCUUGCGCUCACGUCUGCUCCGCAGGCCCUCAACACCCCAUCCUCCUUGGUGAAGUUGCUGGCCCAGGUCCGCGCCAUCCAAGCCAUGGACCUCUCCCAGGCCGCUGAGAAAGUAAAGCUCAUCACCAUCACCUCUGCCUCCUCGUCCCAUGUCCCACCGCCCCUCGAGGUCAAUGCCGACCCCGCCGACACCACUGGGCGGCAUCUUGGCCGCUACCUCGAGCCCGAGCCCGAGCCCUCGCUCUUACCAGCCACCAGAGUCCUCAUCGAGUACAAGACCGUCUCUUCCUCCUCGCCCGCCUGCGCUGCUAUCAUGCUGCGCAUCCGCGCCCUCGCCGGCCUGCUCUCUGCCACCUCACCCACCGCCUCCGCCUUCGCCUCCCUCCCCUGCCUCGCCCUUCUCGACGACGAAGCCUAUUCUGAGAGCAACAAGGGCGCCGCACAGCGCCUAGGCAUCGUGUACCGCCUACCGGCUGGCUCCGUAUCCGUGCCACGAUCGCUCUUGGAUACGAUCCGGACCGCGGCGCAGCACAAGACGCGGCCUGCGCUCGGGGAGCGAUUUCGGCUGGCGUACCGCUUAGCCAGCGCAGUAGGGCUGCUGCAUGCGGCAGGGUGGGUGCAUAAGGGGUUGAGGGGAGAUAAUGUUUUGCUUGGGCCUGCUGCGGACGGAGAGAAUGUUCGGGACGGCAGUGGCGUUGGGGUGCCGUACCUGGUCGGUUUCCAGUAUAGUCGGCCGGCAGGGGAUGAGUCGUUGGAGGGGCGGCCGGGAGGGGCAGCGGAGCUGGAUGUAUAUUACCAUCCAGAGGUAGGACAUGGGUGGACCAAGAUUAAGGAGGUGUAUAGUCUAGGUAUUGUGCUGCUGGAGGUGGCGUACUGGCGGCCGGCGUUUGAGGAGAGGUUUAGGAAGAUGAAGUUGCGCGAAAUUUCGAAGGCUUUAUGUAAUGACUUGGAUGGCGAGGGAGGAGAUAGGCUGAAGGCUAUGGUGGGGUCCAUCUUUGUUGAUGUGAUCAAGACGUGUCUGAAGGGAACAGAGGCCCUUGGGGUGGGAUCGGGGGAUUCCGAAUGGGAAGCCAAGAUGCUCAACGAUGCCUUCUUCGACAAGGUGCUUAGACCACUUGCGUCCUGCAACGCGUAA